AUGUUCGACGGUCUUGCCGAAGAUGGAAGCAAAGAUAACAUCCUGACUUUGAAGAGUUACACAGCUUGUCACAAGAAGAAAGGAAUCUUUGAUGAGGCAAUGACUUUAUUCAAAAAGGCAGAACAAGUUGCCGAGAGAGAAUUAGGAGAGAAUCACGAAUGGAAGGUCUUGAUCAAGACUACAUGGGCCAUCUAACACGACGAGAUAGGAAACACGGAUAAAGCGAAACUGAUGUUUGAAGGACUGUCAUAAUGAAACAAGUAAUGGCAUACCAAUUAAACAAGGAUAUCAAAUUUUAUAGAGACCUCUAUGAUUAAAACCUCUGUAUGUAUGAGUGACAAUUCCUAUUGAAUACAAAAUGUUCAAAUUUAUAGAAACCAAGGUGGCUGAUUGCUUUUGUCGUUUCAUGCAGAAUAAAUAUUUUUAGCAGCUAAUCCAAGGAACUCAGGUUCAAUGGAGCUUUUCUAUACCAAAUAAAGAUUAAAUGUCCCAUUAGAAAAAUUUCUGGAGUAGCACGUUUAUUCUGGGCAGCAAUAAUUCCCAAGAUGUUCAUUUAUGUAUUUUUCCUACUGCUGGAUUACCGAAAAUGACUUGCCUUGGUCUCCCAUGGCAACGUGGCCGACUGGUUAUUUGAUAAACCUUAUCGGCGUAAGAAAGUUGAUGAUACAUGCAAUUACCUUACUAACUGCGGAGAAAGCAAUCAAGUCGGUAGAUUACCGUUGAACAACUUUGUUUAUCAUGCCAAAAUGUUCGUCAGAUCAUUGUUUGACCUCAGUGUGUCAGAUAUAAUCGAUAUUCUGACAGUUUAUAUAUCAAUACACCAUAGCCAAAUAUUGAAUUUUCAGCAAAACAAAAGGUUCCAAAACAUCUCAAAUUCAUUUGAUUCACAUCUUUAAAAAAAUCAACUUGUAAACAUUUGAAGACAAAAAAAUUUCUUUAAAUUCAUUAUUAUCACCUUUAUUGAUAUUCUUUUUUUUAAAUGAAAGGAAAAUCUCAAGUCCGUGUUUGAAUUUUCAGACGAGAUGAGCGCGUAA